UUUCCCAAGCAGUUGCAACAUCGUAGCAAAAACCCUCACUGCACUGCAGUUCGAGACGAUUCUUGUCACGGAUUUUUAUUGUUUGGUGUUUUUCUUUACCAUUACCUGUAUCUUUGGAAUACCGAUUACACCGAUUGGAAAUAAAGGAAAUGUUUUUUUUUUUUGUUUGUUUUUCCUAAAUAAAGGAUUUUAAAUGCUCUACAGUGCUUGAUAUAUGAAGGAGAAGCAGCUGCAGAUGGAGUCCAGGAUUCCACACCACAUCUCUGGAGUUUCUUCUUCGGUUAUGGUACAGCCUUUAUUAGAUGACCGGGUGCCCUAUGGCCGGCUGCAGCACCCCCUCACUAUCUUGCCCAUUGACCAGAUGAAGACCACCCACAUUGAGAACGAUUACAUUGAUAGUCCGGUGGUGGCACAACGGCCAGUCAAUCAGAAGUCAUUCAGAGGGGCCCAUGAAUCCCUCCUGAUUGGCCACAAUCACCAGAGCCAUCAUCCACACAUGCAGAGGUGCGACCACCAUGACAUCACUCACCCAUGGAUAUCAUUCAGUGGCCGCCCCAGUUCCAUUAGCAGCAGCAGUAGCACCUCAUCAGAUCAGAGGCUACUGGACCAUGCAGCCCCUCCCCCGGUGGCUGACCAGACCUUCCACAGGACUGUCAGCAUGCAGCCCAAGCCUUUGAACUCCAAGCCCUUAGAUCUCAAGGGGACGGUGACCCUGGAGACCAGCAAGCAGCACAUGCUGCACUGUGAGCAAUGUGGGAAAUGCAAGUGCACGGAAUGCACGCUGCCCAGGGCUUUGCCCUCCUGUUGGGUGUGCAACCAGGAGUGCCUGUGCUCAGCCCAGACCCUGGUGGACUCUGCCACAUGCAUGUGCCUCGUCAAGGGAAUAUUUUACCAUUGCACCACGGAUGAAGAUGACGAAGGCUCCUGUGCCGACCGCCCCUGCUCCUGCUCCCAUUCCAACUGCUGUGCCCGCUGGUCCUUCAUGGGGGCCUUGUCUCUGGUGCUGCCUUGCCUUGUGUGCUACCUGCCAGCGAUGGGCUGCCUCAAACUGUCGCAGAAGUGCUACGACAGAACCAGCCGUCCCGGGUGCCGCUGUAGGGACUCAAAAGCCUGCAAAACAAUGGUGGCGAAAGCAGGCAGCCAGGGGAAACCAUCCUGAUAUGAAACAUGCUUUUUCUAUGUGUGUUGAAUUGGGAAGAGUUCUUAAUCCCCCACUCAUUUCUGAAAGCGUCAAUCCAAUAUAGAUGGAUAACAGCAAUUCUGGUACGUAGGGUUAAACUCCCUCACUUUUUAGUGAAGGUAAUAUUAUGCUAAGUUAUAAGAACUCUUGGCUCAGAUGCCUAAAUUCUUGUGCAACACAAGCGCAUGGCUAAAGGCACACUUUUUUACAAUUUUAAAGUUUAUGGUUCAACAACACAGGCUCUGCACCGAUGAGGUUCAAUGUGGAAAUGAAAUAGAAAUACAACCCACAGAGCUUUACAUUUCCUUUCCUCCUCAGGCAGGCAAUGCAAAGCAGGUUGUGGAAGCCAAAGGGGUUUCACUCCCUACCCCCUGUUUUAUUCGUAUUCAUUCCACAGCUAACUGGGUAGAUUCCACAUUCCUUAACAAACAAGAAGCAGCAAACAAGUGUCAGGGAAAGUUGUCAAUCUGUCAGAAGUGAAUUAUAUGAAAAGGAACAGAUUCAAGCCCACUCAAUGUCACCCACCCGAUCUUUAUUUAAUGUUGGUGGUUUAAACGUGUGUGGGUCACUUCUCAUUGCACACGUUCGUCCUCAUUAGAACUCCUUCUAACAAUUCCCCACAGACCUUUGUUUUGUGUUGGUGUGUGGUAAGCCCUUUUUUAGUGUGAACCUGUUAUUAACACGCAAGCCAGGUUUUCUGUGCCGCUCCUGUGUUUCAAUAUGAAGGGGCUCCUCAGGGAUCAGUUCAUCUAGUUCUGAUGAGCAGUGGUGCAUUAACAAGGUUCUUACUAAACAAGUGUCUAUAAACACAAUGCUUUUUCAUUCUGCAUUUCCCCCAAAAAUGCUGCACAACAUUAAGAAAUCAAGGUAACACUACAGAAAAAAGCACAGCAUUACAGACAUGGUAAAAAUUUAUUUUUUACAUUCUGCCAUCCUGUAUUGCAUUGCCAAGCAUAAUAUUAUAUUCUUGCUGCUCAACUGUACUUAUCUUGUAUAAUAAUAAUAAUAGGUGUCUAUGUUAUUGUAAAUAUUUUUUUUUGUUUUUUUGUUAUUUUUUUCAAAGUCUAUUUUAUUGUUUAUAUUCAGGGGUUAAAGCCACAGGAGUAUUUUGCUAAUUUCUAUUUAAGUGAUAUUUUUGUGUGCACUAAAAAGUAAUCAAAUUGCUCUUAAAGGUACAGUGUCCUUUCUGCAAGGUGAUCUGAUUAUGCAGAAAGGAAUGCUGUGUCUGUAUAUUUCUAAACCCCUAGCUGGCCCCUGCUGUUUAUAGAUGAUGAUGUUUGUACUUGUGUACUUGCACAAAGCAGAGACAACCAUGAGAAAAAAACAAACAAACCACUGUGCUGUUAUAUGAAUGUAUGAGGCAAUAGUAUUUAAAGCGGCAGUGUACUGUUUUGCUAUUCCUUUCAAUGGUUGAUGCCAAAAAAAUAAACUCAAAACCCUACUAAAGAAGGACAAAAUUGUUCUUGCCCCUUUAAAAGAAAAAAUACACCGGCAGGUAGUGUUUUUGUUGUAUAUAAUUUAAAGACAGAUUUUUUUUUAAAAAAUAAAAUACUAUAAGCUUAUUUUUAACAUAGUAAUUUAAUGUACUGUAAGAUCGCAUGGUACAGUGCAAUGAGUAUUUUGGCUCGGUGGUACG